AUGCAGACAACUUAUUUUCUUUUUGUUGCAGCCUUGGUACUAUUGCAUUUUGUCACAACUGGCUCAGCUAGCAUAAUUGUAGCCAACAACCAUAACAACAGUGCUAGUGAUCUGAAUGCUCUUCUUGCCUUCAAAGCCGCCAUUUUCGAUCCUCAAAGGAUCAUCCCAGCCAACUGGUCCACUUCUACCUCUGUUUGCAACUGGAUUGGAAUCACUUGUAAUGCUCGUCAUCACAGAGUCGCAGCCAUUGACCUUUCUUACAUGGGAAUUGCGGGAACUAUACCUCCACAACUGGGAAAUCUUUCUUUUCUCGUCAGGUUCAAUGUCAUGAAUAACAGCUUUCAUGGACAUCUUCCAACCGAGCUAUCUCGUCUGCGCCGAUUGAAGUACAUCAACUUGGAAGGUAAUGCCUUUGAGGCAGAACUACCGUCAUGGUUGGGAGCUUUAACUGCACUCCGGUACAUAAACUUCGCAGUCAACAAAUUUUCAGGUUCAUUAUCAGGCAGGCUCUCUAAUUUCACAAAGUUAGAGACCAUCUGGUUGGGUUACAACUUUUUUACUGGAAAUCUUUCAGAAGAAUUCAGCGCUCUACCGAAAUUGAAACUUUUGGAAAUUCAAUAUAACCAACUUGUAGGCCCUCUGCCACGGGCUCUGUUUAACCUCUCCUCGUUGCAAACCAUUGGUUUUUCGUUUAAUAGCUUAUCGGGUUACCUUCCAGCACAUAUCUGCGAUUAUCUCCCACAACUUCAAGGGCUUUACUUCUCACAUAAUAACUUUGAAGGUGAAAUUCCAUCAGGCAUCGGAGAAUGCUCAGGACUCCAAGUUUUAGCCUUGACUUACAACAAAUUCCGAGGAUAUAUACCAAGAGAAAUUUGGAAUCUAACCACGCUUACAGGUUUAUAUUUGGGUGUGAACGACCUGACAGGUGAAAUUCCAAGAGUCAUUGACAAUCUCUAUAAUUUGGAGGAACUAGGCAUGGACAUUGCUAAUGUGACAGGUAUAAUACCUCAAGAGGUUGGUAAUCUUAGCAAGUUGGAACAACUAGGCUUGGCUGAGAAUAGAUUGAGAGGUCCCAUCCCGCUGAAACUUUUCAAUAGUUCAACUGUACGAAUUAUUUCUCUCGCGUACAAUGAUUUAUCAGGCGAGCUUCCAUCAACUAUAGGUGCUUUCUUACCCAAUCUUGAGGAACUCUACCUUGAGGAAAAUGAAUUCGCUGGAACUAUACUAACGUCUACCUCAAAUGCUUCUAGGCUUAGAAAGCUAGACCUUGCAGGUAACCAUUUUACUGGUGCAAUUCCUCAUUCUCUUGGAAACUUGAGAUUAUUGGAAAACUUGCGUAUAUCGGGAAAUGAUUUUUCUGAGGCCUCGCUAUCCAGGGAGUUGAGCUUCAUCAUAUCCCUGUCAAACUGCAAACAUUUAAGGAGUUUGUGGAUAGGUGAGAAUCCUCUGAAUGGCUUCCUCCCAAAGUCUAUCGGAAAUCUUUCUAGCUCAUCGAAUCCUUUUAUGCAUAUAGUUGUGGAAUCAAAAGUGAAAUUCCAAGUUCGUUUGCUUCAGAGGAUAGAUCUAAGCGACAAUCAAAUACUAGGUGCUAUUCCAAGUGAGUUUUGCAAUUUGCUGAAGUUAGGAGAAUUAAGACUUGGACAAAAUAUGCUCUCUGGUAUGGUGCCUUCUUGUUUAGGAAACGUUACAACACUCAGAUAUGUUUAUCUCAAUUCAAACAAUUUAAGUUCUAUGAUACCAACAAGCUUUUGGAGCCUUAGAGAUAUUUUGGAGAUAGACAUGUCAGGAAAUUAUUUGACAGGCUCUUUGCCUGCUGAAAUUGGAAACUUCAAGGCAUUAGUCUAUUUGAACCUUUCAAAUAAUCAGUACUUGGGUGGGAUACCUAGCACUAUUGGAGCACUACAGGAUUUGCAAGAACUCUCCUUGGAACGUAACAAGCUACAAGGAUUGAUACCAGAUUCCAUCAAGAAUAUGUUGCAGUUACGGCAUUUGGAUCUAUCUUUUAACCAUCUGGAAGGUGAAAUUCCCAACUCAUUACAGGUACUAUCAGAUCUCCAAUACUUUAAUGUGUCUUACAACAGAUUGAGAGGACCGAUUCCUCAUGGAGGGCCAUUCGCAAAUUUCACGGAGCUAUCUUUUCUCUCAAAUGAAGCAUUGUGUGGCGCUCCUUGGCUCCAACCUUGUGCAAGUACAUUUGAGCAUGAAUCAAGGACAAAAAGGAUAGUCAUGAUUGUUCUGUUGGCAUCAGGAUCUGUCAUAUUAGCCUUGGUGAUUUCAAUUUUUUCGAUGCGAUUAAAGUUGAGAAAGAAAAUUCUAGCUCCAACUCAGAACUUGCUUCCCAUGGCGACAUUUGAAAGGGUGUCCUUCCAUGAACUUAGACAAAUAACAAAUGGAUUCAGCGAGAGUAACUUACUUGGCUCGGGGAGCUUUGGUUCAGUUUACAAGGGAAUUCGUGAAAAUGGGAUGGUUUGGGCCAUAAAGGUAUUCGAUUUGCAGCUAGAAGGUGCAUUUAAAAGCUUUGAUAGAGAAUGUGAAGUCUUAAGCUGCCUUCGUCAUCGAAAUUUAACUAGAGUAAUUACUGCUUGCUCUAGCCUUGACUUGAAGGCUUUGGUGCUCGAAUACAUGCCCAAUGGAAGCCUUGAGAAAUGGCUUCAUGUAAACCAUCAUGUCCUAAGUAUCAUGCAAAGGUUGGAUAUCACGAUAGAUGUGGCUUCUGGUUUGGAAUAUCUCCACUAUGGUUAUUCAACUCCUAUAGUUCAUUGUGAUUUGAAACCUAGCAAUAUUCUCCUAGAUCAAGACAUGGUUGGGCAUGUUUGCGAUUUUGGAAUUGCAAAGUUGUUAGGAGAUGGAGAAUCUGUGGUA